GUGUUAAACGUGUGUUGAUGCAUGUCAGUGUACAGGAUUGAGUGAGGUGAAAUUAUUCGACGUGUUUUCUUCCUUUCUUCAAUACCAAAUCAAAUGUAUCGCGCACAAGCCGCCAUGUAGUUAAAUCGUGUACAAAUGUCAUUCCGGUUCCUGUGGUUGACGGGGCUCCGUGUUUUCCCGCCACCCGGCUCUGCUCGCAGGGAGCAGGGAGGAAAACAAACAGGUCGAGCCGCGGUGGAGGAUUGGUAGCCGGUUGGAUGUGGAGGUUGUCAGGCGGGGAAUGAAUCGUUUUCGUGUUGUGAGCUGUUAGUCCGGUGCUUGUUCAAACUUCUCCCGACGUUUUUGAGUCCGGUGCUUUUUUUUGGAGUUCUCUCCUCCCGAGUAUGUUGUCGCUUUCUAACAUUUUAUCCGGGCUGUUGGAGCAGGUAGUCUACCCGCUGCGGUUUUCUGUUUUUCUCGACGUUGUUUACCCGGUUAUAACUCGACGUUUAAUGGUCUAAAAUUCACCGGUUCGCCGGUUUUUACAUUCAGCGAGACAGCUAUAGACAUGCAAACGAGGCGUUUAGUGAAGCGGUCGAUCCUCGGUAGCCGCAUUUAUGCGCCGAGUCCGACAGGGGACGGUGCCCCGGUGUCAGGGGUGGUCCAGGCGGUGAAGCAGGAAAACAGAGACGUGUCCUCGGCCGCAGAAACCCGGCGCAGCGUCUACACGGUGCUCAUGCAGGACGGGAGCCUCAAGGAGUUCACCGAGGAAGAAAUAGCCGCUGGGUUCAACCACAAUGCAGUCAAAGGACCGCUCAAAUCCAGCUUGAAGCAGAGCUUCAGUAACGGAGCUCCAGAGAGCCAGAAGGUGGAAGGCGGCUCCCUCAGCCCAGAGGCAGCAGAGGAGCUUCGGUUGGCAGACGGAAAGCGCACCAGCAGGGACCCUGACACCCGAUCAGUGUCACUGCUGGAGCAGAAACGCAAAGUGGUCUCUUCCAGCAUCGAUGUCCCUCACGCCAGACGCUCGGAGGAGGAAGUGGACAUGGACAAGGUGACGGCUGCCAUGGUGCUAACAAGUCUCUCCACCAGCCCGCUGGUCAGGAGUCCACCUGUCAAAGUCAAUGAGAGCGGUUCAUGGAAGGACAACGGCUCUGCUGGCCCCUUCACACCCUCCAGCAACAGCUCCUCUGGGGGCUACUGGAGCUGGUCUGCCCCCAGUGACCAGUCCAACCCUUCUACACCCUCUCCACCCCUCUCCGCUGACAGCUUCAAGCCCUUCCGUGUGCCCAGUCUAGGGGGUGUGGGUCCUGGCCCCGCAGGACCUGAAGACCCCAGCCUGGAAGAUCAAGAUGGCAGCAGCCUGCUCUUUGAUGAGCCCAUCCCUCGCAAGCGCAAGAACUCCAUGAAGGUGAUGUUCAAGUGCCUGUGGAAGAACUGUGGCAAGGUGUUGAGUACGGCUGCUGGCAUUCAGAGACACAUCCGCACCAUCCACCUGGGGCGUAACUGUGACUCAGACUGUAGCGACGGCGAGGAGGACUUCUACUACACAGAGAUCAAGCUCAACACAGACUCGGUGGCUGACGGGCUGAGCAGCCUGUCCCCCGUGUCCCCGUCCCUCCUCUCUGCCCCUCCUCCUCCCCCCUCCCCUCUCCCGUCUCUCAACCAGCUGGCCGACUCCAACAGAUCUCCACAGUCCUCCAACACCAAGGAGCCUCACGCUGGUGGCAGCACCCCGCUCAGCCGUUCUGCGCCCAGCGCUCUCUACCUCAUCCACACGGACCACGCCUACCAGGCCACGGCUCCGGUGUCAAUCCCGUCAAACGGCAGUAACUCGACCAGCUCGGCCUCCACCAGCUUCACUCCCACCAACAGCUCCAACUUCAGCAUCUCCUGGCAGUCUCCGCCCGUCACCUUCACCGGAAGCACAAUGUCUCCCAGUAAAAGCCAGGGCUUCGGUGAGCAGCGCUCUCAGACCAUCUCUGUCCUCUCGUCUCCUCCCAGAGCCACCACCGCCCUCAGUCGGAAGGUGCGUGGUGAAGGGAAGAAGUGCCGAAAGGUGUAUGGCAUGGAGAACCGAGACAUGUGGUGCACCGCCUGCCGCUGGAAAAAGGCCUGUCAGAGAUUCACCGACUGAGCGUUCUCCAGUUAUGACAAGGCGCUCUACGCCCACAGCCGUUUCACCACAAAGCAGGGAGGGGCAUCAUUUUGCAUGCAUUUGGUUUUUCUUCAAAAUCGCAACUGUCCGUCAAGCUCCAGCUCCGCCCCCUGUGGAUGCCCCUCCUCCUCAGCUCCACUGAACCAUUCCAGCAGUGGGAGGAACCGAAGGACAGUCAACUUUUACAGUGCUGUCCAGGAUUUCCCACUACUGCCUCGCCAUUCCCAUCGUUCUCAGCUUUGGGAAACCUUAGUGCAGCUAUACAGUAUAAAGAAAAAAAAAGAUCUAAAGAUUUCUCCUGUUUUUUUUUUUUUUUUGUUGAGUUCAGUGUUGCAUCUUUCUAUGUUUUGUAAAGCUCUGGUUUUAAAUAGAAAGUCAAAGAAGGGGUCCAGAUAAAAAAAAAGGCCAAAAGCCUUUUUGUUUUAUUAAAAUAAAAUAAAAAUGGACCCAAAAGAAGAAUGGGCUUCUUGCACCUCCUGCAGUUUUUGAACAAUAUUGUAAAAAAAAAAAAAAAAAAAAAAAGCAUAGAGGUCAAAGUUCCAGUUUUUGUUCUUCCUUCAGCUCAAUCAUCAUCUCUUUCAUUUCUGGACUAUUUCAGGUGAUCUAUUAUCACCGACAUCACAAAGCCUCUCCUGGUUCCUCGUCUGCUCCUUGCUCCUGACAGCCUGAGGAAAGAACAGAAGUGAUUCUAAGAAAGAGAUGGAGGAAUAGAGACACACAAGGUGGACCGGUCAAUGCAAAAAAAAUACACACUUUACAGUCAGGGAUAGCAGCCGCACCAUGCCACAUUUACCACAUGAGAAGCAAACACAGGUAUGGCCACACAAUCAAAGCAGGAGACAGAAACUGUUUUCUAUCUCACUUUUUGUAUCCAGUUAGCUUCAUUUUCUUUCUUUUAUCAGGGAUGUGAUUCAACAGAAAGCAAAAACCAGCAGCUCAAACUGUACACGGCACUAACUCAACACUUUCUCUCUUUCAUGACACAUGACAACUUUGCAACCAAAAACUCCUUUAUCGAGUUCUUUAUGUUUUUGGUUUUUGUUAAAGUGCCAUGGUUACUGUUGUUGAUUUUUAUUUUCCCUCUCUUUUUUUUUUUUUUUUUUUGGCAAAGCCAAGACUGUUUACAUACCACCUGCUCCAGACUACAGUGUGUUCAAAACGUUCCUGACAGCGCUGGAAGAAUAAAGUCAGCAGCGUGCAAGGCCAUAAAGAGAAACAUGUUUCACCACAAACAGAGAGAGAGACAUGCUGCCUUCCUUCUCAACCAACUUUGACACCUUUCAAAGGGAACAAAGUAUCUUUGUGUUUACGUUUGCCACAAAGGAGGAGGGCUAAAAACCAAAAGUGAGGCACUUGUACUGUAUAUGAGUAAUGGAGCACUUACACUUGUGGUUACUUCAAGAGUUAAAAAAAAAAAAAAAAAAGGUUCUUUCUUUCCAAAGCACUCUUUGUUUCCAACUUAAGUGGUCAUAAGAGGAAGGAAGAAGCAAAUUAUUGAACCAUUAUUUGCUCCAAGGGCAGAAAAAGUUCAAAGUACUUGAUUGGCUCUCUCCUUUGUUGUUUCAUGUGCACUGCACACUUAAUUCAAGCAACGCUUUUGGCGCCAGCUUUCAUAAAGGUCCUUAUGUUCAGCAUGUUACCUUGUUACUGAUGAGGUCAAAGUUUUAAUUGGUAAAAAAAACAAAAAAACAACGCAGUUAUCUGAAUUUCAUAUGAAUGUUUGUUUAAUUUCCUGCCUCCAUGUUGGCUUAAAGGCAGGAAACAAAAUCACAAAGCCAAAUAGUUUACAGAUGUUGUCUUUGUUGGGAUGAAUGGACCGACUCUUGUGUCACCUUUAGAAAUGACCGGUGUUACCAAGAGGCACAUUGUGAUUCUAUUCCUGCAUUUAGCAUCUUGCUUCAAGCUAAUUCAUUUGAAUGCACGCUGAUGCAUUUUAUUCUGUUCCACACAUUCAACCCCACAAUCAGUGCAAACCAACACCAGCUAAUAAACUUGCAUGCUCGCUCAUCGAUACACACAACUUCAGCACCUGAAAAUCGUAGCUCUUGUUAUUUUUGCUUUCUUUUCUUUUCUUUUUUUUUGUCUUUUCAUGUACAUAUAUAUAUAUAUAUGUAGUUCUUGUAUUCUCUAUAAGCUCCAUGUUUAUGGCCAGCUAGCUCGGUCGUUACAUUUGCCACCUUAUGAACAAGACAAGUUCAGCUAUGAUGUUACGUGAGGAAAUAAUGUACCGUUUAACCUGUCCGGCUACUAUUAUUUAGAAAUCUAGGAAUAGCCUUAAAGUCACUCUUUUAAAGAAAAAUCUUCGUGCUUCUUCUGUGUCAUUACAUUGAUGUGUCAGAAAAGAAAAUAUUUAGAUUAUCUCCACCUGAUCCUAUUAUUGUUUAAGAAAGACAAAUCUAUAUGUACGUAAAGACGAAACAUUGAAAAGACAUUGAUUUGGCUGUUUUUAUUUUUCAUAUAUAUAUACAGAUAUAUAUGUAUGAAUUGAUAUGCCGUUUAUUGAUUUUGUUUUCAUGUUCUGCUGAUGCAUUUUUGUACUAACUGUUACUGUGGGAGGGAGUGAGGAAUAAUUAAGCAUGUUUUUGCUCUUUUUCUGUGGAUGUGACCCGCAAGCUCCCGCCUCCAGCUCCUUCACGUCACGCUCCCCGCUGCCUGCCGCUAAGCGCUCCAACACCGUAGUUGAUUAGAAAACCUUUAUCUUAUUUCCUCCAUGUCUCGUGGUGUCACGUAGGCCCACUUGCAAUUAGUUUGAUUGACAUCUCGGGGUGUUUGUGUUGCAGUCACACACACUCCUGUGAGUGAACGUGAAGGAGCCUCGGGGCGAAGUGUGCGGGGCUGCCACUGAAGCUCGGUGCUCUGCCCACUCCUCCCCUUCAUGCAUUCCUCUAAAGGAGUCUUUACACACCUUUUAUCAAACGGCCUGUGGCGUUUCCCUGUCAGGGUGUGUGCAGGUUGACGAGGAAACACACUUUGUUGUUUAUCUUGCUCCAGACCUUAACGGCUGGAUGUGGCUGAAGUUUGUUUUUUGUUUUUUUCAACUCCAUGCACUACCCAAUGCCCUUUCUCCAUCUUUGUGGUGCUUCAUGUGUGUGUCCUGACAGUCUCCUCCAGUGGUGUUUUGGGAAACAUCUGGCAGCCAAUCAGAUCCCUGUCGGGGCUCGGUCCAGGAACAAGUUCCAACAGAGCAUGCUUUGGAAGCAUCAACACUAUAUCUUUUUUAAAUGGCAGCUAAUUCUCCAGAAGCGUCCUCAUGGUCAUAGUUGUGGCCACCAAUUGGAAUGUGUUACAACAUGCUUAUAUUGGCUGAAAUAAACACAACUAAGCUAAACCCACAAGAUCUCUAAAGGAUAUUUGCUGCCAUUUGUAAAACAAAGUCAGAAGAUGUAAUUCAGUGAGAGACUCUGGGGUUUGUUUCGAGGACCGGGUCCUGGCCUGCAUCGAUCAUCCUGGUUCCACUCACUGCCAAUGUUACAGAGACGACUCGAGCGCUCAAAGACACUUAGCCGCACGUCUCUUCUUGCAUUCUGUACAUGCAGGUGCUUGUGGCCUCGGCCAGGGAGAAAUGGAGGUGCUAUUAUCCCAUGUGUCAUUUUCACUCCAUUUUGUACACAUUGUUAUGCUGUAGAACAUGAAAAUAAAAACAACCUGCCUCAAGUCUACCAAGUGUCCAGACACAAGGUCGUGAGUGGCUCCUACAGGAAAAAAAAAAAACAGCUCUCUGUCCUGCUCUUUGAUCCAUUUCGACUGUUCAAUUUUGGUUGUUACAAUGCUAUCUCUCUUAAGAUUAUAAUGUUUCUUUUUAUUAUAUCUUAAUCUUAAAUGCAAACAUCAAAGUACUUCUGUUAAAGCAAAUUCAAUAUUCAAAGAAAAUGACUUUGUGCCCAACACAUCAACAUGUUGCUGAUUUGUUUGGGAUGCUGUAGAAUUAAAACUCCUUUUGGGCAAAACUGGCAGACACAGAGGGAUCAAGACUCAUAAUUGAACUCCCAAAUUGACACUUUAAUGAUGCCAAACAUGCCAUAUGCUUUUUCCUCCUGAUGUGAUCAUCCAACUAGCUCAUAUAAGAGCAGCAGUGAGCCCCUCAAUCGUGCGAGCCAGCAAAACACGCGUGCUUGUGAACGGGGGGUGCUCCUGUUGAAAACAUGUGUUGGCACAGCAGAGUUAAAACUGUGCUAUCAAAGAGUCACAAUAGGCGGUCUUGUUGCCUCGGUGAGAGUGAUAUGAAUACUUAUGAGGAGCGUCAGCGGCUGUCCUGGCUUUUGUUCUCUCAGUGUGUUUACCCUGUCCCCCCCCGCCCCCCUCCUCCACUACCUACCAGCCACCAGCUAUGAUUGAUCAUCUGAAUAAAGCAAGAAAGAAUUAUUCUGCUUACUGAGGUUAUAGAAAUCAAAUCCAGUGAGUUACGAGGGACCCUCAGUGCACAUGUCCACACACACACCCCUAUGCUACGUCCACGUUCCAGUUUAGCUCCCGAGCUGUGAUGGCUUUAACAGCAGUUCAUGCAUUGACAUAUUGAUGAGCCCUCCUCUUGGUUUAUGGACCUGAUCUGUACCCAGAUUAAUGUUUCAUUCAUGACAAGACUUGUUUGUGACAAGAGGCUAACACUUAUUACAGCUUUAUAUCAUCCGCAUAUAGGUCAAUGCUACUAUAUAUUCAGAUUAACCCUGCAGUACAGUAUAUCUAAGCUACAGUAAAUGUGUGUGUCAGUAUUUUUGUGUUAUAUCCCGGACUUCUCCAAUUUUCUUCUUUUUAAAAAUGUUGUACAACAUGCAGGAGCUGAGGUCAGCCUUCAAAACGUUAGUGGCUGCAGAUUAGCUGCCCAGUAAGAAAGCCCUAAGCGGUCAUGCAUCCAUACAUAUUUACUUUUUUUUACAUACAUAUUCUUUUAUAACAAGACAUUUCCUGUUGUUCCUGUUUACUUAUCCUCAGUGUCACAAACAAAGUUAGAAAUAGUCUUAAUUUAGCGUUAGUGUGAUAGCAGCAUGGUAUGUUGUGGUCUGGCCUUUCACGUCCAACCUAUUUUGUUUUCUAGAUAGCAUGAAACCCGUUAUCACAAGAAAUCAAGCUUUGUUAUCUCAAAAUAAUGAGUUAAAUUAGUUUAUGAUGAAAGGAAAUACAGCUUUGUUUACUAAGAUAAAGACCCAAGUAAUUUGAGAUCUCGAGAAAAAAAAAAAGAAGUAAUUUCACUGGAAAAGUAUUAUCUUGAGUUAAAGAGAUAAAUCAGUUGAGCUCUCAAGAGAACAACACUGGAAAUGAGUCAUUAUUACUGGAAAAUGGAUUUAAUACAGUAUUGGUGCAUGUCCACUUCAGGCUUCCGUAGGCCAGCUUCUUUCUAGCAGGUGAGAAAACAUAUUUUCUUCCUUGCUAGCAUUUACCACUCUUGUUUAUUUCAGAAAUAGCAUGUUAUCACACUCUGACAGCAGGUGGCGCUCAUGAGGCAGUACCUGUAAACUCAUUUUAACCUGUAAUUAUAAUUUUUUUUAAAACUCAGAUGGACUGUUUGCACGCUUGAGCACACCUGACUCGUCAUGGCAUUGCCUUGCAUGACCCUCAGUAUGGAUUGAGUAAGCAGCGUGUCCUCAAAGAGUCCACCUCCCACCGACUGUAGCGCUAGUUUCCAUGGCAACUAUGCUGUCAGGCAAGGUUAUGUGAUUCGGCUCCUAUCGGCUGUCGAAGCUGGAGCAAGAGGAGGCACCCUCUGUCCUUCAUUCAUUCAGGAAUGUGAAGGAGGAGGGCUUUGAUAGAGGGGUUUUUUUCCCCUAGAAGAUUAUCAAUGUAAAAAAAAAAAGAAAGAAAGAAGAAAUGUCUUAAUAUGUGUUUCCAUCCCCAUUAUUGUUACCUUUGGAGGAAUAGAGGAGUCCUGAAUGUGCCUUGAAGAGUGCAGAGUUUCUUGGAGCUCUGUUUGCAGGAGGGUUGCUGUGAUAUGCAGGACCACAGCAGCGAUGUAGGAAUGUCUCUGGUGCUGGCUAGUCUGAGUUCUGCAUUUUUUUUAAAUCUAAACCUUGUAAUUCAAAGAUUUGUGAUACAAAGAAAACGUCCUGUGAGUUGUGUUCAGAGAACCUUUUGGUCACUCGUUGGUUCUAGAAAGAUGUUGCAAGGUCUAAGAGUGAUUUUUCUACUUUUUAACUGUAAAACGAUUUUUCCGAUUUCCAAACUUAUGCUACUGUGUUUCAAAUGUGUUUUCUUUUCUUUGUCUGUUGUUUCUCCUCCUCUUUGUUUUCCCAAACAUGACUCCUCUCUCCCUUUUGUACAAGGGCUUGUAGAUAAAUGUAUGUCGAUGUGAAGAAUCGCUGUUGUGUCGCAUUCUAGAAAUGUUUGGGAAAUCAAGGAAACCUCAUGUAACAAACAGCUUGUGAAACAAACAGUGAGAUGAUCCCUUUUUUUUGCGCGGAGCUGCUCAUUUAUUUACACCUCAAAUGAAAGGCAUCACUUUCAAAUAGAGGGAAGACAAACACCCUCAUCAUGCUGAAGUCUAUCAUUGGAUUUGAUUAUUCACAAUAUUGACUUUUUUCUGCCUCAGCUCCAUCUUUUAAAAGUUCAAUAUGCAACACAGAGAGUGCUGGCCCCGCCCUCCCUGUUAUCGGGAUCAUCUCAUUGGCUGUUUUAAUGGAUUACAAUCAUGUAGACCUCAAGAACUCAAUGACUGUCGCACUGGAUUUUUACACUCUUUUUCUCAAAUAGUAUAUAAGCUAUAUGGUCUGGUCUAACUGUAUUUUUAAUACUGCAUGUGCAUGCAAAUAAGGAAAUUAUGAGACUUUAUAUAAAUGUGCUUUAUUUGUGCUGUGGCAUCCAU